CGUGAGGGGAGUGGGGGGGCGGCCAUGAAGUGCGUGAUCGGGGGCGCGCAGCUCCGAGUGUUUGGAAGAGCAAUACAUGCCAUAGCACGGAUUAGUGAUGAAUUUUGGUUUGACCCCGUAGAAAAAGGUCUUGCCUUAAGAUCAGUAAAUUCCUCGAGGUCAGCAUAUGCAUGUGUGUUCUUCUCAUCCAUGUUUUUCCAGCAUUACUGCUGGACAGCUGUGUCCCAGCCCUGCCAGAAGGAGAAGCAGUUAUCCCUCCCCUGUAAAUUGAUAAUUAAGUCAGUUCUCCCUGUGUUUAGAUGUGUGAAUGUGCUGGAAAGGAAUGUAGAGAAAUGCAGCAUCUCCACCAGCCCCAGUGAGCACCACAUCACCUUUCAGCUGCUCUGCAGGCACGGUGUUGUAAAAACCUAUAACCUGACAUUUCAGGAGUGUGAUCCCUUGCAGGCUGUUUUUGCAAAGCACAUGUGUCCAAACAUUCUUAAAGUCCACUACAGGCUGCUGGCUGAUGUGAUGAUCCACUUCCCAACCAGUCAGGAAGAAAUAACCUUGUCAGUAACUCCAAUGAAAGUUUGUUUCAAGAGUUACACUGAGGAAGACACUGACUUUUCAAGGACAAUGCUUACUGAGAUACAGCUCAGCCCAGAGGAAUUUGACUACUUUCAAGUCGGAGUAGAUUCUGAAGUGACAUUUUGCCUUAAAGAAUUGAGGGGCCUGCUGGCGUUUUCCGAAGCCACGAGCGUUCCCGUGUCCAUCCACUUCGACAGAUGUGGGAAACCCAUUGCUUUCAGCAUUGAGGACCUGCUGCUGGAGGCCAGCUUUAUCCUGGCUACCUUGUGUGAGGCUGAGAAGGAGGCAGCUUCCCCAGAGCCUGCCUGCUGCCCACGGCCCUGGGACAGCUCAAAGACUGGCAUGGAUAAAUCUGACCAGCCCUCCAUGGAUGGAACCAGCAACGCAGCCACAGCUGCUUCCAAAAAGCCACAGCAGAAGGGAAACACUCCAAACAUGGACCCUGCAAAACCCCAGAGUGCUUUGGCAAAACAAGAGGUAAAAAAUAUUCCCAGAGGCAUGGAGAGGGAUGUGCCAGGCAGAGCAGGAGCAGCCACGGCCAAGGCAGUGGGCAGAGAGGCCACAGAGGCUCCUUAUGCCAAGUUCCACUCCUUAUUCUUUGGAGCUGUCUCUUACAAGGAGAAGGAGGCCAUUGGUGACACCUUCCAGAGCUUGGUGACAGCCAGUGACACUGAGGAGGACUCGGGUGCCUUGCAGAGCUCCCCAGUUCUGUAGUGCAGGGCUUGGGGUCCAAGGACAGACAGUGGGGAGUGCCCAGGAGGGAGGGCAGGGCAGGCCCAGCCUUUGUCACUGGUGCUGCGACCCAGCAGCACAGAACGUUCUGGAACUGCCAGUGCUCUUGGAAUGGCACAGAUUUAGGUCACGAUUAACUCCGUUGAGGUUUGUGUGUUCUGCAGGAACUGCUGGGGAGGGGGGUUCUGCUCUCAGAACAGGGGCUCAGUUUGAAUUCAAACUCUGUUACCACAUCAGGCAAAUGAAGCCGCUGUUCUGGUUAAGGGUGCUGGAAAAAUAACCCAACCAUGCCCUCUGUCACAGCCAAACCCAGCCCAGCUGCAGGAGAAUUCAGGUUUUUACAGACUCUAGAACCAGCCUUUAACUGAAAACCAAAGUUGUCGCAAAAUGCAUUUUAAAAAAUAAAGGUUUGUGUUUCAGACUUGCA